AUGUUCUCAUUGCUUCGUGUCAGACCGAGGGCUUCCAAGUUCACAGCUUCCAAGAGCCCUGGUGCGCUGAACCGCCGGGACCUCAAGGCGCAAAUGCAGGGUUGGAAGUCGGAUCAACGCCCGGAUCCAGCGUGGUACAAGGUGCAGUACAACAUGGUGCAUGACAGGCAACGAGUGCCAGACUUCGGCGCAGGGCCGCCGUUGGCCAUCAAAGAUGGCCCAACUUCGCCCAAAGCGCCCGGCGGGCCGGCGCCGCCGACAGGGACAUUUAGCCUCACGGGCAUUGACGUCGAGAAGAUCGAGGAUGAGUGGAGGGAAGGUGGCUUUCAUCGAUCGCAGACAGAAGGCUACUUGGCGAAGACCCCGAACUGGGAUCAGUACAACUCCAUGCGCGUGGGGCGAUACCCACAGCUGCAGUUCAACCGCAUCACAGAGCCGGCAAAGGACAUGUACCAGCAGGAUCUGAAGGGCUACCCCAAGCAGCGCCCGCCGGCCUGGGACUUUACGAAGACCUUGGGCCGCCAGUCCCUUGCCGAAGACGACGUGGCCGCGCCGGGCAAGUACGACGUGAACUAUAGCGCCGUGCGGGGCAAGAUACCCUCCGUGAGCAUGGAGCGCGCUUUGCCUCGGGAGCUGGCGGAUGGCUUGCUAGGCCAUUUCGCUUUGCAAGCUGUGCUGCAUCCCGAUGCCAAGAAGUUCCCUGGGGGCGUCGGCUUCGACACCUCGACGGCCAAGGACUUUCUCCGUCGCAGAAUCACUCAUGUGAAUGACUUCGACAGGGAGAUGUCAAGACCGGAUCCAACGCCAGCUGCGAUAGAGUACCAUGACACCUCAGAUCCACACGCGUGCGAAUCGACCUUGCGCUGGCAGCUCAACUACAAUGCCGAUGUAGCGGAUCUUUGCGUAGCGCAUCGGCGUGACAUGGCGCCGAAGUAUGAGCAUAUGAUAGCGCGUGGGAAGACUGCAGUGCAGGGUCUCCGCGCCCUCCAGUCAGACUUGGGUGUUCGCGGCUCGGUGGGCCUCGGCUUCGUAGAGACCACGGGCCAGCGCACGCUGCCGGUGGAGAGGCUCGAAGGCCGGAACUGCAACGCGGCACACGGGCGUGAUGACCUUGGGCCGAGGUUCGAUCACCACACCACCUUCGAAGCACUCUGCUUGGAGACCAACGUCCAGGGCGUGUAUCCCGUGGUGCACGGCGAGGGCAAGUCUUAUGAAAGCAAGCCUCCGCCGCUGAAGAAGCCGAAAGGCACUGCCUUCCAGCGACAGGCGGCAAAGGGCUUCACAAAGGGCGUCAAGGGCAUCGCUGAUGCAUCUCACGGGCGAGGGGAAUGGCCACAGCUGUUAGGCGCCGGCGUACGGAGCCUUCCGCAGUUGGGGCCGCCCUUGGCCAGAAGAAGCCCGCCGCCGCCAGAGGAGGGCCUGGAAGAUUGGUCCAAACUCCUCACCAGCCUCGAGAAGUCGGAGCCGGAGCUUUUACGCUGA